UAUCCGCUGAUUUUAGGGCUCUGUACUGUGAAAUAGCUUAAUUCAAAUUGAAAGAAACUUGAUCGUGUGAAGACGCGCAGUUUGUCCAACAAAAUAAAUUGAUAUGGGAGAACCGAAAAGGUAUGGGCUUAUCAUUCCAGCUAAAAAAAACACAAAAAAACCUAUGAUUAAGAAACCAGCUGUGUUUGGUGAUGAUUCCAGUGAUGAUGAGGAAAGAGCUCACAGAGAAGUGAAUUUAUCACUAAUCCAAGAAUCACAAAAGAAGAAGCAAAUGAAACAGACUCAGAUUGAAAUACAGAAAGCUUUGAAAGAAGAUCCUACUGUGUAUGAGUAUGAUGCUGUCUAUGAUAAAAUGGAAGAGAAAAAGAAAGCAGCAAGUGUUAAAGUUCCCGAGAAAGAUAAAAAGCCUAAGUACAUUGGGAGCUUGUUGAAGGCUGCAGCAGCUCGGAAGAGGGAAUUUGAAAGGACAGUUGAGCGACAAGUACAAAAGGAAAGAGAACAAGAAAAAGGAGAGUUUGAUGAUAAAGAAGCUUUUGUUACCGAGGCAUUCCGUCAGAAAAUGCAAGAACAACUUGAGGAGGAAGAGAGAAUCAAAUGUCAAGAUGCUAUUGAUGCUGCCAAUGAUGUCACAAAGCAGAAGGACCUGAGUUUAUUUUAUCGAAAUCUUCUGAAUAAAAAUGUGUCAUUGGGAGGAUCAUUCACUGCCAAUCAUACAACAAAGACUGAUUUGCCAAACAUUGAAAAUGACAAAGAAUCUCAAGAAAAGGAUAAAAGGGUGCCUCCAGUAAUGUCAGAAAAUAGAAAACCAGAAAAACACAGAGAUAGAAAGGAGAGUAAAUAUUCAAGAGAACAAGGAUUAGAAGAAAACCCAACACAUUCAAGAGUUCCUUCCCAACAUAUGAGAAACCAUGAUCACAAUUGCAAACAAAGGGACAGUGAGAGUUACAAGGAUCAACGGUCAACUGAUUUGUCAAACUGGGAACAAAGAAGAGGCAGUGAUAGGGAGCAUGAGAAAUUUGCAACUCACAGACAUUCCAGUGGCUUCAAACCACAUCAAUCAGGCCGUGAUGAGAGGCAGAAUAAUGAUGGUAGCAAGUAUUCUUGGGAUAACCUAAAGGCACCAGAUAAAAACAAAAUCAAAAGUAAGGAAAUUACCAAAGAAAGCAAAGAAACAUUGAAGGAGGAGUCUCUUAACAAAUUUGCUAAGCGCAGCACAGGUGAAACUGUUUCAUCUGCUAAAGAGCGUUAUCUGGCAAGAAAACAAGCACGCAAUUCUGCUAAGAGUGCAACUGCCAAUGAUGACAGUGAUUAAUAGUUUUUUUAUAACUCGGAAGCAAAACUGAACUUUUUAAAGUCUAAAUGACUGCAGGGUGUCAAGUUCCUAUUUUUUGGCCUGCUUCCUAUUUUCUCCUAUUUUUUCAUGAAAUUCCUAGUUUUUCCAAUUUUUUAGGGUUUUACUAGAUACACAGAAACGUUUUGAAAUAUUUGAAAUAAAAUUGCCAAUAAAAUUGAUAAAUUCCACCAAAAAAUGAAACUUCAUGUCAAGAAAGACCAGUUUGAAGCCUUUUUGAGUGAUUUUCUUCUGAAACUUGUGCCCAGACUUUUUCAGUGCUUUUGACAGCAUGCAAGGGAUUCUGGGAAGUUCAUUUGCAUGCUAAGACCAAGUGAGAUGAAGCAAUGCAAAGCUUGGAAAAAAUAGGACAAAAGAGUAAAGGCCAUGUCCUCAACAACAAAUGCUGCUAAAAAAAGAGCAAAGCUAAGGUUACCUAAUCUGUUAAAAGAGCGAAAACAAUGGGUCAUCCUCGGUGUAAAAACCUGACGAUGUUUUCUUUGUUUCAUGAGGUAUUGUUUUGCUGUAUGCUAUUGUU